GGUUCACAUUUUCCUCUUCCCACAAACUGGGUUAGGAUAGACUUCAGUCUCCAGACUCUUAAAGAGGAACAACAGGUGGAGAUACACAAAGAGGAGAACGGAGGGGUCGGGGGUCGGGCACAGAGCCCAGGAGGUGGCGCCGCCUGUCAUGUGACCCUCAUGCGCUGGCGGCUGGGCACACCACGUGACGCUGGCGUCACCCGGGGAGUCUGCGCACUGGCAGCGACCGGAAGCCUUCAUUCCCGCCCUUCAGCUGACCUGGAAGGUUCUGAGGAGGCGAACUAGUUUUACAGUUCCUGCCCCCAGAAUAUGAUGGCAAGUCACCUUGUAAAACCUGACGUUAGAAAUUGCAAGAGGCCAAGAGAAUCAGAGCCUCAAAUGCCAGAUAGUCCACAGAUGUCUUCUCUUGGAAAAUCAGAUUCACCUUGCUCUGAGAGUUCUGGACUGUUUUAUAAAGAUGAAUCCCUGGAGAAAGAUUUGAAUGAUAUGAGUAAGGAAAUUAAUUUAAUGUUGUCUACGUAUGCAAAGCUCUUAAGUGAGAGAGCAGCAGUAGAUGCAUCUUACAUUGAUGAGAUAGAUGGACUCUUCAAAGAAGCCAAUACUAUUGAAAAUUUUCUAAUACAGAAAAGAGAAUUCUUGAGACAAAGGUUCACAGUCAUUGCAAACACGUUGCACAGAUAAAAUGUGUACUUAAAUAUAAUUUAGAAAACCCAUCCUUGUUGUAAUGAAAAAAUGAGGUUUAUGCUCAGGAAGUUCUCUUACUAAAGAAAAUGUACUUCAGCCAAGAAAGGGUGACUCCUUGAAUUUCUUUUCUAGAUCUAGAAGGGGGCUUUAAUAUAACGCUGUGAAUUAAUAUAAACUAUGUGGCUUUCCUUUAGAGGCUUAAAUAUUUGAUAUAUUUUAUAAAAUCAUAAAUUAUUUAAGUUGUUGGAUUAUUUUCUUUCCCUUUCCCCUUACUUUUAUAGCCUUAAAUUUCAAAAAGAGAACCAAGUUAUUGAUUAUGUUAAACAAUAUUGCACCUUUUCUCUUAGAGUGUUUGUUUACAUAGCAUAUACAUUUGGAACUCAUUUUAAAAUGUUUUUCAUGGUCAGUAUUAGAAAAGCAUAUUAGAAGCUUAUGGGUAAUUUGUCCAGUUUCUGAAUAUGUAACAAGAUGUAGCUCUGUAUUAUUGUCAUUUUAUUAUUUUUUACUAUUAGUUACUAUGUAUGAUUAUUAGCAAAGUUUCUUGGCUUAAAAUUACAUUCUUGUGAUAAAAAUAGUAAAAUAAAAAUCAGAAAUUACUAACCAGAACCUUGAAUGAGUUGGCUUUUUAUAUAUCAAUGUGUGUGGUUAUUGAAUUAUAUUUGGAAGCUUUAUCC